AUGUCUAGUCCCACAGGUAACUCAAGAAAGAGACAGGCAGAUGAAGAUGAUGCGAUGUCACAUCCAUCUUCGCCUCCAAUAGGACAAAGUCCACAAUUACCGCCAUCGUCGCCAGCGAUUCCAUUCGAAGAGGGGGACGAAGAGGACGAAAUUCAUAAUGAUGUUGAAGAUUUGAAUCCAUCAGACGAAGAGGAUGGAGAAGACUUGAUGGAUAAUAUGGAAAAUGAUUAUAAAAGGAAUGAAAAACAGGAUACGUACGAUUUAGGAGAUGGAAAUAUUGAUGAUGAAGAAUACGAAGAGAUGGAUGCAGCCACAAGAAGAAGAAUUGACAGUCAAUUGAAUAAACGUGAUGCUUUAUUGGGAGAUGCGAUGGGUAAUAGAUCGAGGCGCCAGGCAUUUUUGGAAGAUGAAGGCGAUGAGGACAAUAUAGACGAUAUCGAUGAGUAUGGAUUACCGAUUCAAAGAAGAAGAAGAAGACAAUAUGACGAAGAUGCAGACGAAUUCAUGGGAGAUGUGGAGAUUGAUCCGUUCAACGAAGAGUUGUCGCUUGAGAGUUUGACUGAUAUAAAAGCCCCAAGCAUAACUGAAUGGAUCGUGCAGCCUGCAGUUUCGAGAUCUAUUGCGAGAGAAUUGAAGUCAUUUUUGUUGGAAUACACUGAUGACAAAGGUAGAUCUGUCUAUGGUGCCAGAAUUCGUACUCUAGGUGAGAUCAAUGCCGAGUCAUUGGAGGUCUCUUACGAUCAUUUGGCAGACUCGAAAGCUAUAUUGGCAUUGUUUUUGGCUACAUCACCAACCGAGAUGUUAAAGAUUUUUGAUAUAGUUGCGAUGGAGGCUACUGAAUUGCAUUAUCCUAACUAUUCACAAAUUCAUCAGGAGAUUCACGUUAGAAUUUCCAACUUUCCUAACCACUUAAACUUGAGAGAUCUUAGAGAAACUAACCUUAAUAAUUUGGUGAAAAUAAGUGGUGUUGUAACUAGAAGAACAGGCGUCUUUCCACAAUUGAAAUAUGUUAAAUUUGAUUGUCUUAAAUGUGGUGUCGUGUUGGGACCAUUCAUUCAAGACUCCAACACGGAAGUCAAGAUAUCAUUCUGUACUAAUUGUCAUGUUAAAGGGCCGUUCAGAAUUAAUUCUGAAAAACUUUAUACCGUAAUUACCAGAGAAUUACUUUGCAGGAAGCUCCUGGUACUGUUCCAGCUGGUAGAUUACCAAGACACAGAGAAAUUGUUUUGUUAUGGGAUCUUGUCGAUGCUGCUAAACCAGGUGAAGAUAUAG